UUGGAAGACUUCUUCUCGAGCUAUCUCCCGGGAGCGGGCCUAGCGGAGCCCCACUUCCACCUUGACAUGGGAUAUCCCCAAUCGCUGCCAAUGGACCCUUACCGGUGGCACCUGGGCCUUCGCAUCCAACGCCGCGUGCGGCAACGGAUCCGCUUCCUCCUUCUCAGCGGUGGCAUCGACGUCGAGGUAGACUUAGCUGUGACUCUAGCCGGCGGAGCGCUUCUGUUGGCAUGUAAAGACCAACAGCCGGUUGCAGCGACCAUCCUUGGGCAAAACAGCACCACCGGCGUGAACUCCUCGACGAAAAACGGUUACAAGGAAGAGAAACAGACGAACGGCAGUGUCGACAAGACCAGCGGCGGAGGCACCGUCGGAAAAGAAGCUGUCGAAAACGUUCUCGGCCGGGACGCAGCAAGCGCCGGCUCCGAGAAGCAGACGCCAGGGGAAACGGGAGGCGACGAAUCUCGAGGCAAGCCCCACCAGCACCAGCACCAGCACCAGCACCAGCACCAGCACCAGCACCAGUCGGGUGGAGGAGCCGUUCUGUCGGGCCAGGAGGCGUCGCUGCUGGUGGGGUACCUGCGCGCCGCCGCUCUCACCGCCGCGGAGACUGGGAGGGCGCAAGAAGGAAGCGUCGCCGGGCCGUCGGCGGCGGCGGUUGCGGCGACGGCCCCGUCGUUGGGCGAGGAGGACGGCAGCGAGGAAGAGGGCCCGCCAAUGUCUCUUUGGGCAGCCUUGCGGAGCGGCAUCUCUAGCAACGAUGACGACGACGACGACGACGCUGGCGUGAGGGGGAGCGGCGGCGGCGGCGGCGGCGGCGGCGGCGUGCGACCAGUACGGCGUGUACCGGCUACCGGGGCAGGAGGCCUGUUGCGUCGCGACGGGAGCCUGGCGUCUUGCGACGAGGCUUCCGUGCUGCGGCACCGCGGUAGUGGUAGCGCCACCGGCGGGGGUACGGGUUGA